CUUUUCUAACAUUUAUCUUUGCCAAAGGACCAAAGCUCAGAAAAAUAGCAUUUGUUCUCAGUUAAGACUGAUCUCUUUGUUGUGACUUAUAUUGUGAAAUUGCAACUGAAAUUAGCUUAAGCUAGAAGGAGCAUAAAAUAUGGGUGGUUAUCAGCUUCUUCACUUCUACACUACAUCGCGUGUAUCUAGCUUGAAACUCCUCGCACGCCCCUUUGUUCCUACUUUACGGAGGUAUACAAAGGAAAGUUACGAACACCAUGCAGAAGAGAAAGCGCCUACGACUGCAGAGGAAUUCACAAGAGUAGCAGAAGAAAUGGCAGAGGAGAAAGAGCAUCAGGGAUUUGCCAGCCAAACAGUGGACAAGGCACAAGAUGGCAUGAAAGAGGCUACAACAGUAAGUGACUCAAAUCUUGAAUCUGUUAAGGAAAGUUUUAAAGAGGAUCCUGGAAAAGGGAAUUUUCAUAAGAAUGGUGAUGACUCUGAUGACCUCCUUAAAAGUACCCCACAUGAACAAAUUAGUAGUUAAAAUAAUCUCAAUAUAAUCAAUCUCAUGUUAGAUCAUGAGAUUAGAGUUGUAAUUAACCUAGUGAUGCAACUUACCGUUUCCUUAAUAAUAGUUCUGGGAACCUAAUGACAUGUAUAUUCCCUUGUACUUUCUUUCUUUUAAGUUUACAAGGGAUGUUAUAUUUAGUCACGAGUUACAUA